UAAAUAUUGGCAGGGAGAACCAGCCCCCCCCCUCCCCCGCCAUGCCUGUCUUUUUCGCCGCAGGGCCGGGAUCGAAACGAUCCUCCUCCGUCUUCGGCCUAUCUCAAAACAGAGCUACACCCCUUCUGUGACGCUGGAAGAGAGCUGGGAGAAACUGGGGAGGGACUCCCGGCGCGCCCGGCUCUGACGGGGCCGGUGCUUCCUUCCGACUAGGCAACGCUCUCCUGACCUUAAACGUCCCCUUCGGCAACGCCCUUCGUUGCCCAGCAGCCUCCCCCGCCGCCGGGGACGAUGAUCUCCGCCCCCGUCGCGCUCUGGCGCCGCGCGAGCUGCGCCCCGCUGCUCCGCCGCCGCCUCGGGCAGAAGAAGCGGCCCUCCUGGACACGCAGGACGAUCUUUCUGAGGACAGCCUUAAGCAUGGCCACAGCUGGGAAAGGCAGCAACUCCAGCAACAAUCUCUAUACUAACCGUCUCAUCCGUGAGAAAUCUCCUUACCUCCUUCAGCAUGCCCAUAACCCUGUUGACUGGUAUCCAUGGGGCCAGGAAGCCUUUGAUAAGGCAAAGAGAGAGAACAAGUUAAUAUUUCUGUCAGUUGGCUAUUCAACUUGCCACUGGUGCCAUGUUAUGGAGCAAGAAUCCUUCCAGAAUGAGGAAAUUGGUCGGAUUUUGAAUGAGAAUUUUGUGUGCAUCAAGGUGGAUCGUGAGGAGCGUCCAGAUGUGGAUAAAGUUUACAUGACCUUUGUGCAGGCAACCAGCAGUGGAGGUGGUUGGCCAAUGAGUGUAUGGUUGACUCCUGAUCUCAAACCAUUUGUAGGUGGAACUUAUUUCCCUCCUGAGGAUGGAAUUUAUCAGGUUGGCUUUCGGACUGUUCUGCUUCGCGUCUUAGAGCAGUGGAAACGGAACAAAAGUACCCUUUUGGAAAACAGCCAGAAAAUCUUGUCUGCACUGUUAGCUAGAACUGAUGUUGGCGCUCGAGGGGAGGAAGCACCCCCAUCCUUAAAAGAGGUGACAACCCGAUGUUUCCAACAACUAUCAGAGACUUAUGAUGAAGAAUAUGGUGGAUUCUCAGAAUCUCCCAAAUUCCCUACCCCAGUCAACUUGAAUUUUCUGUUCUCCUAUUGGGCUCUUCAUCGGUCAACCACUGAAGGAGCACGAGCACUUCAGAUGGCCCUGCAUACGCUCAAGAUGAUGGCCUAUGGUGGUAUUCAUGAUCAUAUUGCUCAGGGGUUCCAUCGCUACUCCACUGACCAACGUUGGCAUGUCCCUCACUUUGAAAAGAUGCUGUAUGAUCAGGGUCAGCUGGCAGCAGUUUACGCGAAGGCAUUUCAGAUUUCUGGUGAUGAAUUCUUUGCAGACACAGCAGCAGACAUCCUGCUUUAUGUUUCUCGGGAUCUAAGCGACAACUCUGGGGGGUUCUACAGUGCAGAGGAUGCGGAUUCAUACCCUACAGUCCAAUCAGAGCAGAAGCAAGAGGGUGCAUUUUGUGUAUGGACAGCUGAAGAGAUUCGGCAGCUCCUGCCAGACCCCAUUGAAGGGAUCCCAGAGAAAAAGAUCGUUGCAGAUGUCUUCAUGCAUCACUAUGGAAUGAAGGAGGAUGGCAAUGUGAAUCCAAUGAAGGAUCCUCACAAUGAACUAAAAGGAAAAAAUGUUCUGAUAAUGCAGUACUCCCUGGAGCUUACAGCCGCCCGAUUUGGACUGCAGCUGGAACAGCUGAAGACGUUGCUUGUUAAAAGCAGACAAAAACUAUACGGAGCACGAACCCAGCGGCCACGGCCCCAUCUGGACAGCAAGAUGCUGGCAUCCUGGAAUGGACUGAUGAUCUCUGGCUUUGCUCAGUGUGGAGCCAUCUUGGGCAAGAAAGAAUACAUUGACCGAGCUGUACGUGCAGCUUCCUUCUUGCAAAACCACAUGUUUAAUGCCAGCAGUGGAAAGCUGCUAAGAACCUGUUACAAGGGCCAAGGCAACACAGUGAGCCAGAGUUCUGUGCCCAUCCAUGGAUUCCUAGAGGACUAUGUCUUUGUAAUCCAAGCACUCUUUGAUCUAUAUGAAGCCUCACUGAACCCGAGUUGGUUGGAAUGGGCUGUGCAGCUGCAGCAUAAGCAAGAUGAGCUCUUCUGGGAUCCAAAAGGUUUUGCCUAUUUCUCCACAGCGGCUGCUGAUCCUUCCUUGCUCCUCCGCAUGAAGGAUGAUCAAGAUGGUGCAGAACCCAGCCCCAACUCUGUUGCAGUUUCUAAUCUGCUCCGGGCAGCAAGCUAUACUAACCAUGAAGAGUGGGUGAAGAAAGCUAGGCAGAUCCUAACUGUCUUCUCAGAGAGGCUUGUGAAGAUUCCCGUUGUCCUCCCCGAGAUGGCCCGAGCCACUGCAGCUUUUCAUCUGACACUCAAACAGGUUGUUAUCUGCGGUGAUCUAACAGGAGAAGAUACCAGAGAGUUACUGCAUGGUUACUAUUCUACUUACACUCCAAACAGGGUGCUGAUUCUUGCUGAUGGGGCUACCACAGGAUUCCUGUACCAUCAGCUUGGUUUCCUCUCCUCUCUGGAAAAGAAAGAUGGAAAAGCCACUGCUUACGUCUGUGAAAACUUUGCCUGCUCGCUGCCUGUCACCUCCAGCCAGGAGCUACGCCGCAUGCUGCUGCCUUAAGCUGCCACCCCUGUAGCCCUUGCGCUGCAAUAGAUACGAGAAGACAGAGGCCAACACUGGCAGUGUGGAUCUUACAAUAAAAUCACCUUCAGAAUAACCCAGCCUUGGCCAAUUCAGCUCAGCCCUCUCCUGUUUUAAUAGCGUCCUCCAUAUCCCAGGGAAAUGCACCCUCAGUUGUCCUGAAAUGUAUUUAUUAUUUGGGGACAAAGCAAUUUGUCUUAAGAGGAUUUGUUACCUGCAUCUUCAAGACCCUGAGCACUGAAGUUUAAUUUAAAAUGUGACAGGAGUUUGAUUUCUCUAUAAUCUCGGUUCUUGCUAUAUGGCCUUGAGAACAAUACUUAUUCUCACAUACUGCAGAGAAUCAUACAGUUUAGACCACUAUGGCCUAUUCUUCUAGAUACAGAAGUCAAGAGUCAGGUUUCUUUGUUCCUUUAUGCUUUGUUUUUGGUUUGCAGGGGAAACAGUAGCCUUUUUCUCUUCCUACAUGCUCAGAGUAAAGGUUCUAUGAAUGAGGAUCACCUGGUUCUUGGAUGUUAGAGAAGGACUCCCCUUAUCAUCUUUUUAUCUUUCUGUAG